AGGGGCAGGACAGGACGGUGGCAGAGAAGGCCAGCGGGCAGGUGGAGAGAUGGCGACGGGCGCGGAUGUGCGGGACAUCCUGGAGCUGGGCGGCGUAGAAUCAGAGAACACGGGCACCAUCAACAAAAAGGAUAUCAUCAACUCUGAUAAGAAAAAAUCCAAGAAGUCUUCAGAGACAUUGACGUUUAAGAGGCCGGAAGGAAUGCACCGAGAAGUUUACGCGCUCCUUUACUCUGACAAAAAGGAUGCACCUCCACUGCUGCCAAGUGAUACAACUCAGGGUUAUCGAACAGUCAAAGCAAAACUGGGGUCCAAGAAAGUCCGGCCUUGGAAGUGGAUGCCUUUCACCAACCCAGCGAGAAAAGAUGGAGCGAUGUUCUACCACUGGAGGAGAGCAGCAGAGGAAGGGAAGGACUACCCUUUUGCCAGGUUCAAUAAAACAGUGCAAGUACCUGUCUACUCGGAGCAGGAGUACCAGAUGUAUCUCCAUGAUGAUGCGUGGACCAAAGCUGAGACAGACCACCUCUUUGACCUGGCUCGGCGUUUUGAUCUACGCUUUGUGGUGAUUCAUGACCGUUAUGAUCACCAGCAGUUCAAGAAAAGAUCAGUGGAGGACCUGAAGGAACGAUAUUAUCACAUCUGUGCCAAGCUGGCUAAUAUUCGUGCAGCUCCAGGCACAGACCUGAAAAUCCCAGUCUUUGAUGCUGGCCAUGAGAGGCGAAGGAAGGAACAACUGGAAAGGCUGUACAAUAGGACACCAGAGCAGGUGGCAGAAGAGGAAUACCUCAUCCAGGAGCUCCGCAAAAUCGAAACCAGGAAGAAAGAGAGAGAAAAGAGAACCCAAGACCUGCAGAAGCUCAUCACAGCUGCUGACACCACCACUGAGCAGAGACGUGCCGAGCGGAAGGCUCCCAAAAAGAAGCUGCCACAGAAGAAAGAGACAGAGAAGCCUGCUGUUCCUGAGACUGCUGGCAUCAAGUUUCCCGACUUCAAAUCUGCAGGUGUCACGCUGCGAAGCCAGAGG